AUGGGUCUCCCUACACACCUUGUACUGAACACGGGUGCCAAGAUCCCAGCUCUUGGAUUCGGCACCUGGCAAGCCAAGCCCGGCGAAGUCGAGCUUGCUGUCGAGACUGCCUUGCGCAGCGGAUACAGGCACAUCGAUUGCGCGUCCAUCUACCGAAAUGAGGCUGAAGUCGGCGAGGGCAUCCGCAAGAGCGGUGUUGCCAGGUCCGACAUUUGGCUUACCAGUAAGCUCUGGAACACGCAUCAUGCCCCUGAAGAUGUCGAGGCAGGGGUGGACAAGUCGUUGAAGGACCUCGGCACGGAUUAUCUUGAUCUAUAUCUCAUGCAUUGGCCAGUCGCAUUCAAAAAUACCGGCAAAUGGUUCCCUUUAGAAGAGAGUGGCAUCUUUGCCCUGGCCGACAUUCCCCCAGCCGAAACAUGGACAGCGAUGCAAAAGCUCGUUGAGUCUGGCAAGGUCCGUGCGAUUGGCGUGUCCAACUUCACCAUCCAGCGGAUCGAGGAGCUGCUGGCAGCCUCAAGCACAAACAUAACCCCGGCCGUCAACCAGAUCGAGGCCCACCCCUACCUGCAACAGCCCAAGCUAUUGCAGUGGUGCCAAUCCAAGGGCAUCGUAGUCGCUGCGUACUCGCCCCUCGGAAACAACCAGACAGAUGAGCCGAGGACCGUGGACGACCCCGUUGUCAAGCAGCUUGGCGACCAGCUUGGGCUCGACGGCGGCCAGCUCCUUGCCUCGUGGGGCAUUCAGCGCGGUACGGUUGUUCUGCCAAAAAGCGUCACGCCCAGUAGGAUCAAAUCGAAUUUCCAGGUCGCCGAGUUGCCGGCCGACGUGUUUGAUCGGCUGAACAGCCUGGAGCGAAACAAGAGAUUCAAUUGGCAAUCAAGAUGGGGUCACGACAUCUUCCAGGAGCUUGGCGAUGACGAGGUCAAGAGGAUUGCAUCAGAAGCAGCGGAGGAGAACAAGGAGAAAUUCACUGUAUAGACGUAGUGGUAAAGAAUGCAGGAUAAGAAUUAUCACUCACCUACAUAAAUUUGAGAGGCGUACCUUAGCCAUCAGAAAUCUAAUGUAUCUCCCCGUGUGGGUUCCAGAG